UUCGGAUAGCGUUCAGUUAAAGCUAACUGCAAGACGUGUCAUUUCAUCUAAAAAGUAGGAUUGAAAAGUAUUACAACUUACUUUUUUCACGUUUGUAAAAACCAACAUACAGAUUUUAUUUAAAAGACUACUGAGGCAAAGCAACGAUGGGAGAAACAACAAUUGUUGGUCGAAAAGAGCCUAAACCACAGAUCUGAACAUUCCAGCAAUAAACUGGACAUAUCACGGGAAUAUGCCUCGAGAACGAGAUCCUUUCCCGUUCCCGAGAUAUGAGAACGACAAUACUUUCACAGGGAGUAAGGAAAUUCAGAAAUUGUUUUAUGAGGAACCAACACAUCUUGCCCAAAAUAAUGAACCGUGGAGAAGACUCUACAACACGGAAACAAUGUCUAGUUCCCGUCGAAAUGUCUUUAAUCGGGAUAAUACAGCACCACGAGACAGUCUGGACAUUCAUCUAAAAUCGAUAUAUAAUCACCAUCUAGGAUUAUUUAAGAAUAAGAGCCAAACUGUGACACAGAAGGAAACCGUUUCAGAGGACAAUAGAAAGAACUCAGAAGUUCCAGUACGUGAGGCCGAAUACAAAGGAAUUAAAGUGUGGGUCGACUCACAGAAAGCCUCCAUACACAGUAUUAAAGGGACAAUAGAGUCUCACCACUCGGCAUCUACAAACCGAGGUUACUCAAGGAAGCAUGAUGGCGGCUUUUACUCCACGUAAAAGUUUGAAAUCCUCCUAAAUGAAAACAUGUACAAAAAAAACAACAAAUAAAAAGAGAAAAUAA